CCCGUGAACAACGGAGAAUAAAUUCGGCGGCCGUCUCGUCUCGUCUGCUUCCUUCGUCUCUUGGUCUUCCCACCAAUCUCUCUCCCAAUCCGCUAAUCGCUAUUUGCUGCUCCCAAUCCGCUUAUCUCUCUUGAAAGGGCAGAGAAGGGCGAGAUGACGGUGGAGAAGGUGGACGCGGCGCUGGCGGACUUCGACGCCCACUUCGACCGCCUCUUCGCUUCCCCGGACGCCGCCUCCGACGGCAAGGUGAAGCUGCUGCUCUUCCUGGCCGACCGCGAGCCUGACUCCUCCCUCACCUGGUGCCCCGACUGCAACGUGGCGGAGCCGGUGAUCUACGAGCGGCUGGAGGCAGCACUGCAGGGCAAGGACGCGGUGCUCCUGCGCGCCUACGUCGGGGACAAGCCCACGUGGCGCGACCCGGCGCACCCGUGGAGGGUGGACCCCAGGUUCGGGCUCAAGGGGGUGCCCACGCUGAUCCGGUGGGAGGAUGGCGCCGCCGCCGCCCGCCUCGGGGACGACGAGGCGCACCUCAAGGACAAGGUUGACGCCCUCCUCUCCGUUCCUUCCAUCUGAUCUGAGUAGGCUGCUAUAACAAUCUGUGAUUCAGUUCAUGUAUGCCGAACCAAAAGCUGGGAAAUUGAGUGAAUGAAGCUAAUAAAUCAGUUCAUGUAUAAGGAACCAGAAGCUGGGAAAUACGUACGGUACGUACGUAAUAAAGCCGCUAAUUCGAUAAUAGUGAAGCUAGUAAUUCGAUGGUUCUCUGUCUCAUUUUGCAUUCCAAAAAUCUGGAUUGUAUUUCACGUUGUUGAGUGAAUCCUAAGAUAAUUCAUCGUUAUUCAUAGCUUCA